AUGCCCCCCAACCCCAAGUUUGAAUAUGAUGCGAAAGAGCCCGCAUUCCUCCAAAAGCUAAGGGGUCAGUAUGGCAGCAACGCUGGCCGCUUAGAACGGCCGGCAGUACGAGCGACCAGACUCAAAGUCAACAAGGACGACGACGACGAUGAGCCCACCUACGUCGACGAGGAAAGCAACGAAGUGAUAUCCAAGGAGGACUACAAGAACUUGGUGCGCGAGAGUGGCCAAACAGAAGAGAGCAAUGAUACCCCUAAGGAUAAGCCCGCAGGCGACACAGACAAACCAGGACCAUCCAGCAAACAGAGCAAUUUGACUGAGGUUGGAGGACAAAGGAAACGAAAGCAGGUCAAGGUCGUGGGCGAAGAAAGUACCGCGAGCGAAGACAAGAAGACUGAGACCGAAGAAGCCCAACCUAAGGCGCCCACUAAGAAGGCAAAAAAGACCAAGAAAAUCAAGCUCUCCUUCGAUGAAGAGUGA